UCCGCCCCGGCGCUUUAAGGCGCCGCGGGGCCGCGCCGGGCUGAGACGCGCCGAGCCGAGAACCAGCAUGCCGAACUGGGGAGGUGGCAACAAAUGCGGAGCCUGUGGCCGCACCGUCUACCAUGCUGAGGAGGUGCAGUGCGACGGGAGGAGCUUCCACCGCUGCUGCUUCCUCUGCAUGGUCUGCCGGAAAAACUUGGACAGCACAACUGUAGCAAUUCAUGAUGCUGAAGUUUACUGCAAAUCUUGCUAUGGGAAAAAGUAUGGCCCAAAAGGUUAUGGAUAUGGCCAAGGGGCAGGCACGCUGAACAUGGACAGGGGAGAGAGACUAGGCAUCAAGCCUGAGAGCACUCCUUCUCCUCACCGGCCCACCACAAAUCCAAACCCUUCCAAGUUCGCUCAGAAGUUUGGAGGGACAGAGAAAUGCUCCAGGUGUGGUGAUUCUGUUUAUGCAGCAGAGAAAGUAAUAGGAGCUGGCAAGCCAUGGCACAAGAACUGCUUCCGAUGUGCCAAGUGUGGAAAAAGCCUAGAAUCUACAACCCUAACUGAAAAAGAGGGAGAAAUCUAUUGUAAAGGUUGUUAUGCGAAGAACUUUGGCCCCAAGGGAUUUGGGUAUGGCCAGGGAGCAGGUGCCCUCGUUCAUGCCCAGUGAGGGGGCUAAAAACGCCAUCCAGUUCUGCUGAGAUCCUGCCAGAAGGAGCAAGAGUUUUCCAAAUGUUACUAACUACUGUGAAACAGAUACUAGUUACUGUAGUGUACCUUCAGCCAAUGAUUUUAAAAACAAACACACACACUGCUUUUUUUCUUGCCUUGUGUAUCACACUGUAACACUUUUAAUACUGAGCAUCAAUUCAAUAAAGCUUUGCUUGUUGAUAUACCCUAAA